AUGCCCUCUCCUGCCCUUUCAUACUCCCCGUCGGUGCCCCAUAUGCCCGCCAACACCAUCCACCUCGAGAACCUCGUCUUUUCCUAUGAACAUGUCCGCGCAAGACUGCAAAAGUUGCCACCCAUAGGCAGAGGCUCGCUUGACCCGUCGCCCACUUCGUCCAUCACAAGCAGCAGCAGCUCCGCCUCGGCCUCGUCCACCCAAGAGGACGCCUUUUUCUCUUCCCGCUCGCGCGUUGUCCGAUUGCAUAAUCUACCUGCGAUGGCGGAGGCGUUCUUGUCUGCGGUGUUUCUCCCGCAUAACGCUAUGGAGCAGCGCACUGCGAGUGGAAUCCCGGUUCCCGUGUCGAUGUGGGAGCUGCGAGAAGACGCGGCGAGCGGGAGACGGGACAGCGUCUGGGCUGUGUUCCGCACCCACGAAGAGGCCUGUGCUGCCCUCGCACUUUCUGGGCGAGCAAUGUCCGUCGCUACCGCCCUGGAGGCUGAUCUCGAACCGUUUCACAAACUCCAUCGCUUCGUCCUCAGGGAUCCCCUGCUCUCACAGGCGUCUAACGCUCUUGCUACCGCCUCAUACAAUAACAAUAGCACUAGCCAUAUCGCGCCUUCUUCUUCUUCUUCCUCCUCCUCCCCCUCCGCCGUUCUCGAUCUCACCGACCUCCCUCAACUCCGCGUCUCGUCUUCGCUUUCUGACCUCAAAGCCCCCGUCUCACUCUCUCCAAUGUCUGCCACCGUGAAUGGCAAGGUCUCAUCGGGCGAAUAUACCCUCUCCACCAACCCCCCGAACCCCAAGACCAGCUUCAGACUGGGCGACUGGAUGAGUGGCGACGCGGAACCACAUCACCCACUCGACGUCUCGUUUCGUCUCGUCUCGUCUGAAAUUCUAUUUUGGAUAGACUUUGACUCUGGCCGCUCCUGCAACUCGCCGAACUGUGCCGCACAUAACUUUGGGUCCAAUAACAACAACAGCAACAACGGCGCCGCCGGGAAUCCGAGUGGGGCGAAUAUGAACGGGAACAUUAGCGGAAUGCCACAGCAUCAGCACCAGCACCUCCUUCAACAACACCAGACACAGACGCAGUCGAUGACCACUCGCGCCGCGCCGUCCCCGCGCUUCAACGCCAUGGCGAACGGCGGCAAUGUGUAUUACUCGUCGGGCCCACUCCCGCCGCAUACGACGUUCCACCACCAGCAACAACAGCAGCAGCCACAACAGCAGCAACAGCACCAGCACCAGCAACAGCAGGGUGCGGCGCAGAGGGAGCUGCAUCAUCAGCAUAGCCAUCCGCACUUGAACCUCCACCCGACCAUUGGGCAGCAAUCGCGCGCGCAGAACCCCCCGCCGUCGCCUUUUAAUGUCACCGCUGCGUCGACCUCGUCCUCCAAUGCCACUUCGUCGUCGUCUGCAGCAGCCGCGGCCGCGGCGGCGGCAGCAGCAGCUUCGGCGGCAGCGGCAACAGCGCAUGUGCCCAAGUCGACGCAUCCGCUGUUGACACCGUCCGGCCGCGCGUUUGCGAUAGGCGGCAAGGUGCAGAAUAUCUCGAGCGAUCCUUUGUCCCCUUGCAUCAUGUAUUGGCCUGAUAACGAGCCUUUCCCGGAGCAGGGUCAGAUCAGACCCAACGGUCUCAUUGGCGUCGCUCAACCGCCUAUUCUGAAUACAGGCAAUCGCGGGCCUAUUUCGCAUCAACCAGGGGACUGGAUUUGCCAGAAAUGCAACUACCUCAAUUGGCGACGUCGAAAGGUCUGCCAGACGUGUCUUCCUUAUGCGGAGGGGAAUGGCGAUUCGAUCUCUGCAGCGGUGCAGGCGGAACGCAUCGCCCUCCUCACCUCCGUUCUUUCGCAGACCCAGAUCAACGGCGGAAAUCUGAACAUCCCAAGCGCGCAUCACGGGCAGCAUGCGCCUGCACCCCGCUCACACUCGCUCACCCCGCCUCAAGCGCGCCGGCCCUUCAUCGACGUCUCGCCGCCCCAUCAGCCACAACAGCCACAGCCACAACAGCAACAGCAACAGCAGAUGCCGCAACAUCACUCGCUUAACCGGCCCGUGCACCGCUCGCAGUCGCACUUUGCGCUGGGGCAGCAGUAUGCGGCGCAUGCGCAUCUCCAGCAGCAGCAGCAGCAGCAACAGGCGCCGGUUAGCCCGCCGUUUACGGCGUCGAGUCCUAUAUACCAGACGUCGGGCAUCCGACAGCCGUCCCCUCUCCCGCCCCAGGCCCCGCUAUACUCUACCGGCCCGGGUGUUGCGCACCUUCACCGUAACACUAUUGCGGGGACUACGCCGGCGAGCGUGAGCAACCCUCUGGGCUCGCGCGCGCUUAUGGAUCACCACCGCACACCGAUCGGUGCUGUUGGUAUGAGUAGUACUUCUACCACCACCACCACCACCACGAUGACGAGCAGCGCGAGCACGACUGUGCGCAGCUCGCCCAUCUCGGUGCAUGCACCCGCGCCCGCGCCACUUCUCCCGUCGUUUUUACAGGACAUCGUACAGUCCCCUGCGCUCUCGCCGACGUCGACGACGACGACGUCAUCUGCGGACCUCUCGUCUGUGGAAGAGUACGAAGACCAGUUCCAGCUUCCCUCUAGCGUUUCCGGUGCGGGUGCGGGUGCGGGGGUGGUGGGAGACGGGAUCACAAUGCGCCCGAGUGUCUUCGCCCCGCGCGCGAGAGGGGAUAGUGGGUCGUCCGCUGCGUCUUCGGGCUCGAGCGUUGGUGUGGAUUCGGCGGCGAUUGCGAAUAUCUGGAGACUUGAUGGUGAAGAGAGCAAGUCGCUCUCGGCGUUCCCGCUCCCGAACCAUCAGGAGCUGGUGGGCGCGCGCAAGUCAAGUGGGGAGAAGCUGCGUGUGUAG